CGUUAGCAAGCAGGUGUGAGUACUUAACAUCAUCUGCUGCAGGUUGCCUGGUGGCUCUGAAACAGGAGUUAGAUUGCUGUGCUCGUCAAAGAAAAAAAAACAAAAAAAAAAAGUGAGAUGUGGAUUUGACCUGCCUUUUGUGGCUCAUUUCUUUCCCUUUGCAGCACCGUGCGGUGGGAGCAGCGAUGCUUUCGGAAUACACCCUCCAAAUGUUGUUUGUCAAACAAGAUGCCGCGAGCUCUUACGACUUAAGGCGGCGUAUUCGAUGCCCGAAGAAAUACGGGGAGUCGACGAAGGAAAGGUGUUACAUGCUGGCACCGAGUCGUUUGGACGCGUCGCGUGAGCAGAAGGAAGAGGAUUGUGCGGAGAGGCGCCUGGAGGACCGGUACGUAAGGAAUGCGGCGAUUGUUCCGGACCUCCGCGUGACGCCCGGCGACAAAGCAGGGAGUGACACGGACGUGGUGUCGGCGAGUCCACCUUUGAUGAUCCACGGCUUCACGGUGGCAGAGUAUCGGCAGAUGUAUCAUUCGGUGGUCGAUCCCCUGCUGCUGAGUCCUGGCGGGAAGUUGCGAGCCUACAACCUGGAACUGGGCCGCACUAUUAAGGAGCAUCUGUUCAUAGAGCUGGCCUACCCCACCAUUCAGACGUGCGAGCAGGCGUCGGGACAAGUGGAGGUGGCGGAGAGGUUUUGUCUGCUGCGUCCUACACCCUGUAUAGACUUGGACUGUAAUGGAUACUUGCCACAUUAAAGUCAGCUUUUUAAUUUGUCUCCAAA